AUGUUUGCUUCUUCUUUCUUCCGGUAUUUGGCGUGCUUUAUUGCAGUAGUUUCUGCAGUGGUCUAUGCUGGUCCUCUCAAACAUCACUCCAAGACUCACUAUAUCGAGCUCAAUAUUACCCGUGAACUCAUUGAUCCAGAUUGCUCCGGCACUGCAACUCCCAAGCUCUUGGUCAAUGGUCAAUUCGCUGGGCCAACCAUUGCAGUGACGACAGGCGACCAUGUCAAGAUGCUUGUCCGUAACUUUGCUAAUGGUGGUCUCUCCGGUGAUAUUACGAUUCAUUGCCACGGUAUUCGCCAACUCGGAUCACCAGCUGCCGAUGGCGUUCCGUUUCUGAGCCAGGAUCCAAUCAAACCUCAGCAAAGUUAUUUACACGAAUUUCAGGUUAUCGAUCAGGCAGGCACUUACUUUUAUCAUGCGCAUGUGGGCUUGCAUUCAGAAACAGUUUUUGGUGCCUUUAUUGUCUAUGAGUCGGAGAAAGCUGAUCCAGAAGCAGAAUAUCGUAAGAGCCAUAAGAAGCCCUUUAGUCUAUUUGACGACGACAACGACGACUGUAAAGAAUUGGUGGCUGGACCCUAUCACUAUGACGACGAGCGAACCAUCAUUAUCAGCGAAUGGUGGAAUCAAACGGCCGAAGAUCUCGGUGACUACACUCUUGGCACAAACUUUACGGAUAUUCCAGAAGCACCAAGUGUCCUUAUAAAUGGUCGCACUGUGUAUGAGCCAGAGAUUAAUGCUUACGGUCCUGGUUGCCAAGGCUAUUCGGUGAUUUCUGUCGACCCAGAAAAAACGUAUCGUAUUCGUAUCAUUGGCGCAAAUGACUAUCGCACAAUUUACUUGGCUAUUGGCGACCAUGCGCUGACCAUUAUCGAGGUUGACGGCACACUUGUCCAACCUUACACGGUACCCUAUCUUGAAAUAGCACCUGGACAACGCUUUUCCAUCUUGUUAGAACCAUGUAACCGUGAAGGUGACUAUGCGAUCAGCACCAUCCGUAGAUGGAUCGAGCCAGAAUUUGAUCCUUCAUCCAAUGGUCUUGCCGUUUUGCGUUAUACUCGAGAUGUACAUGGCCAAGAUAAAGGAAAAGAAGUGACCACGUUCUCUAUACCGGACAACCUCUUUGACUUUCCCGGGGAUGUCCCAUUUUGGUAUUGGCCGGAUAUUGCACCAAUCGAUACGUCAACUUCUUACGCUUUAGCCGCCCAGGAGGCUUCGAGAACGAUAACUCUCAGAGCGUCCAGUAUCGACUUACCUACCGGUGAAGUGCGAUGGUAUGUCAAUAAUAUCACGUUUAUUGAUCCCAACAGGACGAUCUUGGCAUCUAUUUUCGAUGGUGAGCGACCCAUACCUCAGCCGGAUGAGACUGGCUAUGAUGCAACUUUGAACACAUACCCCUUGAAAUACAUGGAGGUGGUUGAUAUUGUGCUUCAAACGACGCGUGAUUAUGACGAACCGUGCCGUAUGCAUCCAUGGCAUAUGCACGGCUAUUCCUUUGUUGAGAUUGCUUUUGGUCCUGGCCGCUACCAGCACAAGAAGCACGGCUCUUGGCGCAACGUUCCUAAUCCAUUUUUACGAGAUGUGGUCUCGGUAUAUCCUAUCGACGACCCCGAGAUCGUAGCAUCUACUGAACCAGACGAACUUGUUGACUGUGGCUGGACCAAGAUUCGUAUUGUUGCGGAUAACCCGGGUGUCUUUCCUGUACAUUGCCAUAAUAACUUUCAUAUGAUUAUGGGUAUGAUGGCGGUUAUUGAAGUCGCUCCUGAAAUUUUGGCAGAAACGAGUUAAAAAACUACGAGGCUUCGAUAAAUACAGAGCACCUCCACCUCCCCAAUAGUUAACAAAUAA